GUAGCGGCGCAAAGCCAAAAAGCCCUCCAAAACCUCCGUUACGGCAUGCUAAUCUCCAACACUCUCUCAAUCCUUCUUCGCUGGUUCCAUCAACGCGGGAUAUUCACCCUCCCCUUCGGAAUCGCUUAUAUCUUCCUUUGGAUAUCCUACGCUGUGGAGAUUUUCAUAUAUUACUUCUUGUCGAGCUCUGGGAAGCCUACGUAUGACGCAAAUGGGAAUUUAUUGAAGUCGCCAAGCGUUGACUUGGCUAAUCCGGGGUUUGUCUGCGAGUGGAUGUUUGAUGUGCUUUAUAUUACUUGGGCUUGUCAAAUAGGAAGCGCUUUGUUUAGUGAAUAUGUCUGGUGGUUAUACCUCACUAUUCCUGGAUACAUCUUGUUCAAAGUUGGACCUAUGGCAUACAAUUUCCUAAGGCCAAGCGGCACGCCAGUCGAAGACGCACCAGCCGAACCAGUUAGCAAACGUCAACAGAAGCUAAAAGCUCGUCAGGAUCGCGGAGAUCCUCGAGUGAAGUCUGUGAAUGUCAAGCGAUGA